GCAUCAGCGGAAGCAUUAGGUACAUAAAUGAUGAUUAACGGCAACUCGGGAGGGCGUCUGGAGUUGACCUUUCCUUCUUUCGAUCGAAAUUUUUUUUAUCUCUCCAUCAAUGGCAAAGAAACCCGUCAAGUAUUCGCUGGUGGACGCCUUCACCAAGUCCCCUUUCAAGGGGAACCCCGCAGCAGUCUGUCUUUUAGAUGAAGAGAGGGACGAGAAGUGGCUGCAAGCGGUAGCCCGUGAGUUCAAUAUCUCCGAGACCUGCUACUUGACUCGAAUUGCUGAGUCAGAGAGCCCCGCUAGCUUGGUCAGUGCAAGCUCUAAUCCUCGUUUCCGUCUUAGAUGGUUCACUACCGUCUGCGAGGUUGAACUUUGUGGCCAUGCUACAUUAGCUGCUGCACACACACUCUUCUCUUCUGGUUUAGUGGCUUCCAAUAUCGUGGAAUUUGUGACGUUAUCUGGAGUGUUGACUGCUAAAAAAAUACCAGAUAUUAGCAUCGCUUGUGCCUCUGACUUGAAAAAUGGCGAAAAUCAAGACGGAUAUUACAUUGAAUUGGAUUUUCCUACUGACCCUCCCACAGAAUUUCAUUCCACUGAGACUUCAGAAAUUUCGGCAGCCUUAGAGGGGGCUUCUAUAGUUGAAAUAAAGAGGACAUCCGUGGGAAAUUGCCUAUUGGUGGAAGUCCCGUCUGGGAAAUCUGUCAUAGAAUUUAAGCCACGAUUUGAUGCUAUAUUAAAAUGUCCUGGAAGAGGGAUAAUUCUCGCUGCCGUUGCUCCUCCGGACUCAGGAUUCGACUUCUACAGCAGAUUCUUCUGCCCAAAGGACGGAAUCAAUGAGGAUCCUGCUUGCGGGAGUGCACAUUGUGCUUUAGCACCUUAUUGGAGCAAGAAACUGGGGAAGUUGGAUUUCAAUGCUUAUCAGGCAUCAUCAAGAGGUGGAGUUCUCAACAUCCAUCUUGAUGAGCAGAACCAAAGGGUGCUGUUGCGAGGGAAAGCUGUUACAGUGAUGGAAGGAUGUAUUCUAGUUUAGUCCUGUUUUUGGUUUGCAAAUAGAGUGUAAUUUAACAUUAAUAAAUGUUUUAGAUAACACAACCCACUGCAACUGAAUUCAAGGUUUUAAACUCUUGCGAUGCUAUUCAAUGUUG